AUGGCCGCGGCCCUCGCGAUACUCGCGGCGAUGCUGCUCCCCUGCUGGGGCGCGUUCCCGCAAUUUAAAAAGGGGUCUACAAAGACGAACGGGGCUAGGUGCUCCCACCACUCGGAGUGCUACAGUGACUGCUGUCUCAUCAACUUGGACCACGGUGGUGCCUUCUGUGUCCCUAGGGCCAGAAUAACCAUGAUGUGCUUGCCCCAGACCAAGGGCGCCAUCAACAUCAUAUGCCCCUGCCAAGUAGGCUUAAGUUGCAUACACAAGGACCCAGUCUGUACCCGCCGGUGCCAUUUGAUUUAGAGGAGGAUGCAGGCUGGUCACUGCCACCCCUCCCUCCCUCUCCUCCUUGGGGGGGGGGUGCCCCAUCUUGCUCAAAAGACAUUAAAGUCACUUC